CUCGAACACUCCUGCCCCUCCUCCCUGCGCGUCGGGUCCCAGGCCUGGCUGAGUAAGCAGGUGGGCAGUAGCCCCAGGGACACAGAAGCCUGCAAGUCGGCCCCGCCUGGCACUGCAGGAGUUACAGCCGGGGCCCCUCCCAGUCUCCUGAGCCACUGUCCCUUAGCAACAGCCUCACAGGCACAACAGCCGCCCCGGCUCGCCAGACAGGACACAAGGACCGCCGUUGAGGCAGGUGAGGGCGGUCUUGCAGCACCAGCCCAGAGCCCAGCCAGCAGGAGCCCACCGACCUCCCCACCCGGCCGUACAUGGACGCUGCGGACGCCACCAUGGAGAAGCUCCGGGCUCAGUGCCUGUCCCGAGGGGCCUCGGGCAUCCAGGGUCUGGCCAGGUUUUUUCGCCGCUUGGACCAGGAUGGGAGCCGGUCCCUGGAUGCCGGGGAGCUCCGGCAGGGCCUGGGCAAGCUGGGGCUGGCGCUGAACGAGGCGGAGGCCGAGGCCGUGUGUAGCCGCUGGGAUCGUGACGGCAGCGGGACGCUGGACCUGGAGGAGUUCCUGCGGGCGCUGCGGCCCCCCAUGUCCCAGGCCCGGGAGGCGGUCAUUGCAGCUGCGUUCUCCAAGCUGGACCGCAGCGGGGACGGCGUGGUGACUGUGGACGACCUCCGUGGGGUGUACAGCGCCCGCGCCCACCCCAAGGUACGCAGCGGGGAGUGGACCGAGGACGAGGCGCUCCGCCGCUUCCUGGACAACUUCGACUCCUCCGAGAAGGACGGGCAGGUCACCCGGGCAGAGUUCCAGGACUACUACAGCGGCGUGAGUGCCUCCGUGGACACGGACGAGGAGUUCGUGGCCAUGAUGAGCAGCGCCUGGCACCUGUGACGGAGCGCCUGUGCCGGGAGCCCCACUAGGACCCCCACCCCGCACCCAGACCGCCUCUCCUGGGCUCCCAGCAGGACGGAGGCCGUAGAACCGGCUGGACCAGGUGGAAGUGGACCAGGGCCCUGGGGGAGAAGGCCUCCCAGGCUCACACCGAGCUGACCCCAGUCGGGAAGGAAGCAGAGGCUGAUUGUGGCUGAGCAUGAAGGCCUUCCUGGGAGGGCAGUUUGGAUGCCUGCCCAGGUCGGGAGCAUGAGGCAGGGCCUGGGGGUGCUGGGGGCCCUUGUCCUGGGAGGCGGAGCCGCUUCUGGCCAGGCCUGGGCUUUCUGAGCCCCCAGGCAUGCAGGAGGCCAGGUUUUAGUUAAAAGUUUUAAUGUAGUUCCCAAAUACAUUUCAUAUGACAAUCUUACAUAAAUGUUCCAAAACACAUGGGCAUCGUCUGGUCUGACUUGUCCCCAAUCAGCUGAGGCUGGACGCAGAGCAGCGGCCUCACUUGGGAGGGCCCGUCUUCCCGGCUCAGGCUGCUCUGGGGCUGAGGGGGGAGGCCCACCUGACCCAGGGUGUGGGGUGAGGCUGGGAGGCAUCCUCUGAAGCCACCAGAGGCCCUGUGCAUGGGGACCUCCUCUGUGGCCUCCCCAGAUGGCGGGUGCACCUGCAGGCUGGCCCCCACCCCACUGCCAGGCCAGGGUCCUGCUUUGCCUCCUGGAGCCCUGGUCUGAGACCCUCCUGGGGGCGGUGACAUGGGGCGGGGCAGCAGGAAGCAGGUGUGCGCUGGGCACCUGGUGGUAGGGAGCCGUGUGGCAUGGAGGACGAGGGUGGUGGGGGCUGAGGGACCGCCUAGGUCCAGUGACCUCCACGUGGGCACUCUGCAGGCCGAGCCAGGUGGGG